CACGACAAGUCCGCCAAGCCAGCAGGUUUAAGGUUGGCCGUCAUGAGUCUCGCUAGGAUGCAUAUCGCCGCAUUCCUACUACUGCUCGGACUCUGCAACGCGGAAAGCACCGGAAACGGAGAGAUCAAGGUGAACGACUCCCUCGCUGCCGAACGUUCCGUUGUCGACAAUGCCGGCGCCGAUACCACGAAAGCGGAUGCCGAUAGCGCGAGAGAGGAGCAGGAGAUUGUCGACGAGAACUUGCCGAUCUUACCUCCGUUAAUACUUUUGGAUUUCGACAACGGUACCGUCAACGACAACGCUACGGCCGACGAGAAGGCGAAGCGUACGGUGAACAACGGCCUCGGCUACGGCUUCGACCGGAACUCCUUGUUCGCUCCACGGAAAUACAAUUACUACUUUCCCGCCGGGAAGACCGGGACCACCGUGAGCAUAGAGGAGUCCAUCAGCCCGUUCCUUCCGAGAACCAUCAUCGAGAGAGUGCAGUCGAAUCCAAAACUGAGGUCCGAGUCGCACGGGAGUCUCAGGCAGCAAGGGUCCUUCAGGAACGGCGGCGGUUCAGCAUCCAAUCUGCGAACGCAUACCUUCCGAUACUAUGUACCCAUGGAGAAAUCUCCGUCGACUUUCGGACUACGAACGAAGUUGACGAAGACAUUCAGUUCCGAGUCUUAUCGAGGGUACUCUUCGACCGCGAGACCCUCCGUCGAGACUUACCCGAACGAUGACUACCGAAACGGCGCGUAUGCGUCCACUACGUCUCAAUCCUUGGUGUACAGUCCCACAGAAACGAGCGACUACGUCACCCCGAACCCACAGAGUUACACAGCCUCCACGUCGAGCGCGUAUGCUUACGUGACACCGAGUCCCAUGGCGUACGAAGCUGAAGAGCCCUCUGCGAGAUACUUGGGCCAAAGUAGUCAACAUACGAUCAACGUGCACGGCUAUUCCAGACCGGUGCAGAGUGUAGUGGAGUCGUCGACGGCUAAUCCCGAGGGCGUGACUUACUUGGAGAACGUAGACGUUCAAUCGAGGACAAGACCUCGCGGCUACGCUCAGCCGGGCUCGAGGGUGGUGGAACCAACUGCCGCUGGACCCACGGACGCGUCUGGCUACGUGGAGAACACUGCUCCGCUUACUGGUCUGCCCAGGUACACGGUGGAGAACGGUGUUAGGUACGAGAACAAAAUCUUCUGGAAGUAUCCAGACGGCAGGGUGUCCGACGUGCCGCCUGGGACGUACGAGACGUACUCGGAGUACCCAUCGUUGGCCGCGUUACAAGCCGCCAAGUCCCAGGAAACGUCGUCCAUCUAUGACUCCGCUUCCACGGAGAACACCGUGUUGUCUCAGGGUCCGGUGCAGUUCCCGAUGGCGCCAGAGAGCGGCGCGCCGCCGAGUCCCUUCAUCUCGGCCGAAUCUCUCUCGAGGCUACCGCAGCAGCAAGUGUAUCGGCUGGGCUACCAGAACCUCGUAGGGCAGAAGCAGGCCGUGGCGCAACAGGCCAAGGCCGGUAGCGGAGUCUCGCCCGCGUAUACGGUCACUUCGACAACUCCUUCGCCACCGAGGAACUCCUUCAGGCUGAACAGGAAGAACCAGAAGGAUCGGUACGAGUCAGCGGGGCCUCGUCCGGCCUCGAGAUACAUGGUGAACAGCCCGAAUGCAGAGUAUACCGACUCUUACACCACACAGAGCACCCCGAAGAGCACGACACCCACUAAUUUCUUCGCCCCGACAGCCGGCACUAACCUGCCCAGGAAGAUCAACGCCGGCGGAAAGAACCUGGAAAACUACUCAAACUUGCAGUACUCGGAUCUCCUGAAUUAUAAUCCGUCAAUCUCGCAAUAUAUAAAAAAUCCCGCGUCCAUCCUCAACGUGCAGCCCACGUUCGUGCAAGCCGGAAACUCUUUAAUACCUGUGAUCAUUUUAAGGGUGGAUGGCGUACCUCCCAUUCAGCCGAAGGCCGUACCGAAUGUGAAUCUGAAGGCUCUCUUGCAGCAGUACCUUAUUCAGUAUGCCAACAGCAUCGAGGAAUUAGCACGGCCAUCCAAUUAUGAUCUUGGCGACGAUCAGCUCGCGAAGGAUCAAACUUCGUUUUCUAUAAAUCAUCUGCGAGAACUGGCGCGACUGGCGCAGGGCGCUAGUCAGGAUCUGCUGGCUAAUCCGACGGAAUCUUACGUCGGUAGAUCGAGUUACGAGACGAGCAACUUGAAUGCCGAGAAAAGUCUCUCUAGCGGAAAAUACGGUCAGCGCACUGCGGCAAGGCCGAAAGUGAAGAGCGUGCAGAUCUUGGAAGACCCGAGAUUCACGAAUUAUAGGGACAAAAAUUGAAUUGUACAUAAUUGGCGAAGAGUAGAAAGCCGUGGACGCAUCUCUUAACUUUCGUGUUCUGUCGCUUAAUUCGACUCUUGCGCUGUAGGGAGAGCGAGGGAGAAGAGAGUUAUUGCUUUAAAAAUUAAUGACCACGUUGUCGCAGUAGACACGUUGGCGUUGCGAUUGUGAUAAAAACGAGUUCCACGAGUCCUACGUCUACGACGUAGGAAACUUAUAAUUUUCACUUUUGCCUCUUCUUAAAGUAAAAUUCACCUUACGUACAUUAAUAUUGAAAAAUUCGUUAGAAACACGAUGGAAUAUGAAAGUUAAGCCGAAACUGAAUGACUGAUUCAUAUAACGAUACGACAUUGGCUACUGAUAACACCGAUGACACCGAUGACGGAAUAUGGACAUUUUUAAGAGUAUCUUUUCUCUUGUGCACUAUCAUGAAAUCCGCAAAGUUCUACAAAGUAUUAUGUAAUUAUUGUCUACAUUCUAUUUGGCACAUCACCACUUCGGUCUCACGUACGAGACGCAUCGUGCCAUGAAACGAGUUGAGAAAAUGAAAGGCGACAAUCGAUAAUCGAUAAUCGAUUAAUUAGCGAUACGAUAUAGUAAACGAUAUAGUAAUUUAAUGUGGGAUCGUGCAAUGUAUUAUAAUGUGUACAAUAUGUAUCUGCGCUACUGAUUUGCCGAAAACACACUGUGGAGUCUGUCGAGUUUAACAUCACCCGUCGCUUUCGGGAAAGCAGUAGUAAGCGAAGCGUAUUGGUCGCUUUGCGAACGUACCUAUUAAAAAUUAGCCAAAUUUCCACACUUCAGAAAGGUACCUUAUAAAUCUUAGCGCUUAAGCUCCUUACGAGAGUUAAGAUAAUCAUAACUUGUAUACUGCAAAUAUUAUAAGCAAAUAAAAAACGCCAGCGAGAAAGUUUUUCGUAGAAAAUAGAUUGCUGUUAUUUGCGCCCAAAGUUUGAAAAACAAAAUCAACUAUUUUUACAAAGACGUUUCGACUUUGUCAUUCACUACAAAAUUUUAAAUUCUACAUUUUGCACACGACGCUUACGGAAAAUUGUUUCCUACGCGAAAUUUGAAUCUCUCUGUAAAACAUCUUAUUACAUUGUAAGUUUCAUUCAUCCAAAUGUAU